UUUGUCAGGCUUUUGGAUCGGUGAGUGUUGGGGAUCAGAGCGCUUCUAAUGACCGCCUAUUUUGCCGAUCAUCGCUUAUGCCGUCUUUUGCUACAGUGCACUAUCAGAGUCGUCCACUACCCGGUUAGGGAAAACACUACCUGAGGCAGCUUUCUGUUGAGACACUUGGGAACUGCACAUGAAGACACCAACCCCUUCCGCAUCAUUCUUCUCGUUGCCUCUCGCCCCAUGGCAGCAGCCCCAGAGUGUACGGGCGGCUAGAUAUGAGCCCAGGAAACGAAGGAGAGGAUUGGAUGAUUGGGGCGAUGAAGAUGAUCGCGAUGGAGAGACCACCGAUGCGGGGUCAGUAUCAGAGGCGCCUGCAACAGGGCCAUCGUUAGUCCUCUCGCCAGAUGAGGCUCAUCAGUACCGGAUCGCUGGCCUCUCGUUCGAUAGAGAACUUCCCGGGGGCAAUUUCCCUCAUGCGCCGGCGAAGGAAGAGCCUCUCGAACGGACCACGGAGAAAAGCGUCCUCAAGGAAUUGGCAGCUAUGUCACCCCCGCUUUACAUUCCACAGUCUCCAGCACAGCGGGGUAAUCUGCGGUUUCAACAUCUGGCAGUCAUGACGGCCAUAUUGCACCGAUGUCUGCUAGAAGGCGAUUUCGUACGCGCCGGAAGGGCAUGGGGUCUACUUCUUCGAGAGGAGGUUGGAGGGCAUCCGGUCGAUGUGCGCCAAGAAGGUAGAUGGGGAAUCGGUGCAGAGAUACUUCUUCGUCGCGAUCUGCAGAUAUCUCAACGAGCUCCUGGUGUCGCUGACGGGGAGGAGAAUCAGACUGCCAGAGGAGGCCCUAAGGCUCUGUUUACGAGGAAAGGGUUCGAGGAUGCCAAGAAGUACUAUGAACGGCUUAUACUCCAAUAUCCAUAUCGGAAAGCCGCCCCCAAUGCCAUCAGCUCGAUAACUUUCUAUCCCGCCAUGUUUGGUCUCUGGAUCUAUGUGGUACAGGAAGAGAGCAAUGUGGCUAGGGAAACGUUGCAGCUCGCGGACGAAAAUUCAUCUGAAAGCUUAUCUGAUGAUGAGGAUACCGUGUCAAGAUCCGAUCUCGCAAAGUCCGGUGAGGGGAGACAGAAGCGUGUUCUCGCUGCCAGGGCCAGUGAGCUGGAGGAAGCGAAACAAAUUGCGGCACGCAUGGAUGAACUUAUGGUGUCUCCCCCCUACUCAGAUAGCCCGGAGCUUUUGAGACUACGUGGAAUGGUGUCCCUCUGGAUUGGCGAUUUGUUCGUCGCGUCCGUAUCACAUGAGGAGAGGGAAAGGGAUGUCUCUACUGAUAGGGAAUCCGUCCCGAUCGACGAAUCGCCCGAGGCAAUCCUUGCCAGACGUGAGAUGAGAUUGGCAAUGGAGAAGAGAGAUACAGAAGUGGAAAAAUCGAAGGAGUGGUUUGAGAAGGCUAGGCUACGGAGCAAGGGUGUAACAAGUUCGCUUGCUGAUUUCCAUAUUCGUGAUACCCCGCCGUUAGGCUAACACGCCAAGGCAUUGUUUUGUUUUUCUUAUACACAGCCUGGAAUCUAAGUGAAGAGCCUUGUGGGUUCAACCUAGGCUCCGAUCGUGUGUCUUCGUGAUACGGAUAAAUUCGUGAUUAGAAGCGCUCAAACUGCAAUCGGAGCGUAGAAAAUAUACCCUUUUGACGAAAGCCCGUCGACAUAGCAACGUAGAUUAAACCUGGCGAAAUAGAUA